UUCUCUGGCUGUAUAAAGGACGGGGGGUGUGGACACAUAGCGAGGAUCCGAGCUGGAAGUUGGAGCCCCUCGGGAGUGUGUGCGACACUGAGGACAGAGAUGGCAGCGGGAGUCGUGGCCAACGUGGUGGCGUCUGUCCUCGGCCUCAUCACCGCUGUGACCAAUUUCAUCACUGACAUGUUCCUGACUCCACCGCUGAAGGCCACUCUCCAACAUCUGGAGGAAACUGAGCUAAAAACUCUCAGAGGAGAGGUGAAAACACUGAGAGCCAAAUGUCUGUGGGAGAAGUCUGGAGCUGUCAUCAUGGCAGUGCGGAGGCCCGGAUGAUUUUUGUGCAGAGAGGAGGCUGCAGAGCUGUCCUCUCUGAAGCCCCAGCUGGACGAGCUCGGGGUUCCUCUGUACGCGGUGGUGAAGGAGGACGUCGGCACCGAGGUCCAGAACUUCAGGCCGUACUUCAAGGGCGAGAUUUUCUUGGAUGAAAAGAAGCGUUUUUAUGGACCCCGUCAGCGGAAGAUGGGCCUCUUGGCRUUCCUUCGUCUCGGGGUGUGGAUGAACGGCCUGAGGGCCUUCAAAAAUGGCUUCAUGGGAAACGUUUUGGGGGAGGGCUUUGUCCUCGGUGGGGUCUUCGUCAUUGGACAAGGACAGCAGGGAAUACUUCUGGAGCACAGAGAGAUCGAGUUUGGGGAUAAAGUCAACACUGAAGACGUCAUCAAAGCCACCAGAAGAAUCGGAAUGGAACUUCUGCCGAUGGAGAAGAUAUAACAAUUUGUAUUGAAGAUUAAAAAAAAAAAAGCAGAAAACAUCUCUCAGGGGAACCAGGAUGCAUUUUGGGGUGUGACUGUGUUUAAGAGGAUCUGAGCGUAUUAAUGACGGUCUGUCUUUAAACUCAACAGAGGAAGCAGACCUGAUAUCUAACAUCUCAGUUCCCUUUAUAUCGGUGACACCGUUGUGUAUUCUUGGGAGCCAAGAGACUGUGACCUGUAACUAAUAAAGCAAAUACAUCCACGCA